AUGCGGUUGUUUCCGAUGAAUUCGUCUAGAGAGCUUAGAAAUGGAGGAAGUGAUCAUGCUUUGUUGUAUCUCAACGUAUAUGAUCUCACCCAUGUCAAUAACUACCUGUACUGGUUGGGCUUCGGAAUCUUCCAUUCUGGUAUCGAAGCACACGAGUACCCAACCAGUGGAGUCUUUGAAGUGGAACCGAAAAGCUGCCCGGAAUUUAUCUUCAGGCCAAAAAACUGCAAUCAUUUCACAAAUGAAGUAUUAAUGCGACUCACUGGAAAACCAAUCCCCGGUUGGGUCAACCGGUUGGCUAAACUCAGUUCUUUCUGCAACUGUUUAUUGCCUGAAAACAUUCAAGUUGCAGCUGUUAGACAUCUACCUGAUCAUGCAACAAUUUCUGGCAUCAAGAGAGGUUCAGGGUAG